AUGAGUGGGGGUCAAAAGAAAGCAAAGAUGGUUAAAUUCUCUGGCGCAAGGCAAUAUAGCGAAAGCUAUACUUCAGUUAGAUUUACUUUCACUGGAGAUGAACACAAACCAACUCCACUGUGCGUGGUGUGUGGUGAAAAGCUAGCUAACAGUGCUAUGGUCCCAAGCAAACUUAAACGCCAUCUCCAAACGAAACAUCCUUUGCUUCAGAACAAGAAUGUGGACUAUUUUGUUCGCCUGCGUGACAACAUGGAGAAACAGGCAACUUUUAUGAGAAAAACAACAAAGGUAAAUGAAAGAGCUCUUAAAGCUAGCUAUCAAGUUGCUGAACUUAUAGCCAAGACAAAAAAGUCGCACACUGUGGCAGAGACAUUAAUACUUCCUGCCUGCAAAGCUAUUGUAGAAGAGAUGCUCGGACCUGAAGCAGCAAAGGAAAUAGCCAAAGUCUCUCUCUCAAACAACACAAUUUCCAGACGUAUUAAUGACAUGUCUGCAGACAUCGAAAGUGUGGUUUUGGAAAAGAUCCGUAUCAGUGAGAAAUUUGCAUUGCAACUUGACGAGUCUACUGAUAUCAGUGGACAUGCUCAACUCUUAGCUAAUGUGCGUUUUGUUGAUGGUGAUGCAAUUAGAGAAAACUUCUUUUUUUCAAGGUAUUGCCAGAAAAAACAACAGGAGAAGAAAUUUUUCGGGUCACAUCAGAAUACCUUGAACAAGGAGGACUUAAGUGGGAAAACUGCACAUGUGUCUGCAACCGAUGGAGCUGCAGCCAUGGUCGGGGGCGCACCAAAGGCUUUGUAA